AUGUGGUCCCGUAAGCAAUCUGUCUGCAGCGCAGUAAGUGGAGCAUCUAAAUGUGACGAUCAAGAUGCUUCUGGACAACAGAUAUAUCCCUUCGCAAUAGCAUUAAGAGUGAGAGUAUUACAGAUUGUAUGCGGUAUUGGAGGUGUGGUGGUGGGUGCUGUGGGCUGGUUGGAAGAAAGACACAAACCAGCUUUAGGACUUGGAGUUCCUGCUGGCGCUGUCACCGUCUUAGCUGCCGCAACAUCAAUGUACUUCAGUAGAGGAUUUGGUGGCUGGGUAUCAGCUCGAUCUAAAUCGACUAAGAACUGGGGAGCUCCUUGGAGAGCACUUGGUCCUUCACCAUGCGCAGCCAUUCCUCUUACAAUACUGUGGAUUAUAGCUAUCAUUGCACAUAUCGCAAUGCUGGCUUUCUGCAUCAGAUCUUUGAUGAACAUUGGGUGCAGCAGUAGAACUUGUAUAGGUGUAGCAUCAGCACAGUUGUCUGUGUCCAUCACAACCCUAGCUGCUGCUCUCUUUAUGAUGCAAAUUGAUUUGCGGUACGAUCCAGCUCUGACGCCACCACGUCAUUCAGAGGCUAAUAUGUGCACCGGUGUCUCAAUGGUUCCUUUAACUUCCGUGGCAAUCAACAGCGGUAACAGCGGCGAGGAAGGCAGCCCUCUUAGCAAGGAACCCGAACAACCUCCCGACCCACCCACUUGA